AUGCGCGGGCAAACUCGGACCGCCGCGCGCCGCCGCGCGUCACGCGCCAGCCCAGCAUCCUCCCCUCACGCCAGCGACUCCGACAGCACAUCCCCCGCGCGGCCUGCCAAGCGUCGCAAACCGACCCCCUCCCCGGCCGCGGCCAAGACGGACGCCUACCGGGCCAUUAUCCGCUCGCCCACGGCCUCCCCUGGCCCCGCGAGCCUGCCGCCGACGCGCUGCCACGCGCUCGCGUACCACAAGCCGCUGCUCCUCGAGGGCGCCGACGCGCGCGGCGCGCUGCUGCGCUGGUUCGACUCUGUGAGCCAUGCGCGGGCGAUGCCGUGGCGCAAGCCGUGGGUGGACCCGAGCGGCUUCGCGUCGGCGGACGCGCUGCGCGCCGCGCUCGAGAAGCGCGCGUACGAGGUCUGGAUCAGCGAGAUCAUGCUGCAGCAGACGCGCGUGCCCGUCGUCGUCGACUACUGGAACCGCUGGAUGGACAGGUGGCCGACGAUGCGGGACCUGGCGGCCGCCGACGCCGACGCCGUGCUCGCUGCGUGGCGCGGCCUCGGGUACUACAGCCGCGCGACGCGCAUCCACGCCGCCGCCAAGCUCGUCGUCGCGGACCCCGCCAUGGCCGGGCUGCUGCCGUCGGCGGCCGCGGAGCUCGCUGCCAAAAUCCCCGGCGUGGGGCGGUACACGGCGGGCGCCAUCUCGUGCAUCGCGUUUGGCCGCCCGGCGCCCAUGGUCGACGGCAACGUGCUGCGUGUGCUGAGCCGCCAGCUCGGCCUCUACGCCAACGUCAAGGCGGUCGCGGACAUGAUCUGGGUCGCCGCCGAGGAGCUUGUGAAUGCCGUCGCGCUGGACGGACAGGGAGACGCAGCAGCGGUAACGCCCGACGAGACGCGGAGUGACCGGCCGGGGCGCUGGGGCCAGGCCCUCAUGGAGCUGGGCAGCACCGUGUGCGCGCCCAAGCCCGACUGCGGCGCGUGUCCCAUCACGGCCACAUGUCGCGCAUAUAGCGAGGGCCUGGCCAUCAGCAAAAAGGAGAAGAGCAGGGACGACAUCGCCGCCAUAGAGCAUCUUUGUAGUGUAUGCGAGCCGUUUGACGAGACCGACGAUAUCGAGAACCAACCCCCCGUUGUCGCCCGCAAGGGCGGCAAGCAAGCGACGCUAUCCGCCUUCUUCAACAAGCCCAGUACACCACGCCCGAAUCCGUCCGCCAUAGUCGACGUCGAGGCCAUUGUGAACCACGCGCGGCGGUUCCCUGUUAAGGUGGCGAAAAAGGCCGUCCGCCAGGAGGAGACGCUUGUGUGCGCCGUGGUGCGCGGCGACGGCCGGUACCUGAUCCACAAGCGGCCGGCCAAGGGGCUGCUCGCCGGGCUGUGGGAGUUUCCGAGCUCGACGCUGGAGACCCCGAAAGCGAUCACGGCGGGCCAGCGCAGCAAGCUGGCCAGGGAAUUUGUGGCGGGGGUGCUGGACGGCGAGGACGGGGUCCAGUACGUGGGGGAGCUCGGGAGCGUGCCCUGGCUGUUUUCGCAUAUCAAGCUGACGAUGCAUGUACACUUGUUCCGGCUCGAGGGGGCGGGAGAUGUGGGCGUGCAAGGGACGACGAGUCGACGGUGGUCGGAUACUGUGGACACGGAGUCAAUGGGGACAGGGAUGCGAAAAUGCUGGGAGUUGGUCAAGCAGGGUGUAUGA